GGGGAGGUGCUUCUAUAGCUCUGUACCUUUCAGCUGCAGAUCAGAGCACAGCGGCAAGAGAUUAACACAAGCCUCGAGUCGGAGAGGAAGAUGGAAGAGAACCACGGAUGUGUUCACGCAAGAGACAGAAAGCUGAUUUAGGAUUGCUCGCCACUGGUUUCUUCUUCUAGGAGUGCCUAAGGGUGAGCACUCACUGUCCCUUCUCUGUCUCUUUUAGGAGAUCCUCUGAGGCAUGGACUACAUAUUAUCUCAAUCUUCCUGGGACUGAGAUUUUCAGAGAGUCUCCUUUCACCUCGUUUCUAUAAAAGUGAGGGAUAUUUGUGUCACGCACUGCUCCUAUGGUUUCAUUGGAGUGUUCGUUCAGUCUUCUCUGCCUUUCUCUCUUCCGCUCUCUGCCUCUGCGAUCAUGCUCUGAAAUCAUCAGUUUGCACAUCGAGGGCACACCUGUCUCUCUCAAAUGCGCUCACUUGUGUGGAUCUAACCAGAACUCUGCAGCUGGGGAUAUUUGGGAUUGAUAUUGCGAUGGAUUUUGGGAUUGCAGUACAUUCCAUUUCACAGUGAACCUGCUGCUCAAGACAAGGGGCAAACGGGCUUCAGAGAGGUUGAGAGUGAAGGUUUCUCAGUGAUUACUCAGUCUGGGUCAGCAGGCACGUCUCCUCUGCCUCAUAGAUCUUCCAGGACGCAUUCUGAAGAGAGGAUGCUGCAGGAGACCAGUGUUCGAGUGAGUCCGACCUGAUCGCUCCAUCCCCUCCCCCCGCCGCUCCUCCACAAUCCCAGGAUGCUCUGCCCCUGUCGAGGGAAGCUGAAGUUGCUGGUGGUGUCUCUGAGUUUCGUCAUCCUGUUCACCUGGCUUUACCUGCUCGUGGGGAACUCGGAAAACGGACGUUCGCUGCUCCUCUCUGCAUGUUUGGUGGAGUCUACUGAAGCGCGGCUGCUGGAACGGGACGUCCUGGCAUCACGGGUUCGUGAAGUGGAGGAGGAGAACCGCCAGAUCCGUCUCCAACUCAGCCAAUCGCAGGGUUUGGCCGGUCAGCCUGCAGAGGGGAACUAUGGGAACCAGCAGUGGGUGGCAUCGGCAGACACCGGUCCAGAGGAUGUGGAGAACACAGCUGAGGAGCGGGCAAACCACAGCGAGUGCUCACGCUCGCCCACUGCUGAGAAGUGUGAGUUGCUCCACGUGGCAUGUGUGUGUGCAGGUCACAACGCCAGUCGAGACGUGGUCACUCUGGUCAAAUCUAUCUUGUUCCACAGGAGAAACCCACUGCACUUUCAUUUCAUCACAGACACGGUGGCCAAUCAAAUCCUCAGCACUCUGUUCCAGUCAUGGAUGGUGCCGUCGGUACAAGUCAGCUUCUAUGAUGCUGAUGAACUCAAAUCGGAGGUGUCGUGGAUACCAAACAAACACUAUUCAGGAAUUUAUGGCCUGAUGAAGCUCACUCUCACCAAAGCUCUGCCAUCCAACCUUUCGAAGGUCAUCGUUCUCGAUACGGACAUCACCUUCGCCACAGACAUCGCCGAGCUGUGGGCCAUUUUCCGCAAGUUUACUGAGAAGCAGGUGAUUGGUCUGGUGGAGAAUCAGAGCGACUGGUACCUGGGCAAUCUGUGGAAAAAUCACAAACCCUGGCCAGCCCUGGGGCGAGGAUUUAACACCGGUGUGAUUUUACUGUACCUGGAGAGACUGCGGCGGAUGGGCUGGGAACAGAUGUGGAGACUGACAGCAGAGCGAGAGCUGAUGAGCAUGCUUUCCACAUCCCUCGCAGAUCAGGAUAUAUUCAACGCUUUCAUCAAACAGAACCCAGUGCUGGUGCAUCAGCUUCCCUGUUUCUGGAACGUUCAGUUAUCAGAUCACACUCGCUCUGAACAGUGUUACACUGAAGUGUCCGAUCUAAAGGUCAUUCACUGGAACUCUCCUAAAAAGCUGAGGGUGAAAAACAAGCAUGUGGAGUUUUUCCGGAAUCUUUACUUGACGUUCCUGGAGUAUGAUGGGAAUCUUCUGCGACGAGAGCUGUUCGGAUGUCCCAGUCAAGCCAGCUCAGAGAGCACAGUGCUCCAGCAAGCUCUAGAGGAGUUAGAUGAGGACGACCAGUGCUAUGACUUCCGGAGGGAGCGGAUCAUGCUGCACAGGGUACACCUCUACUUUCUGCAGUACGAAUACAGUCCUACAGACGAUGGCACGGACAUCACGCUGGUCGCUCAGCUCUCCAUGGACAGACUGCAGAUGCUGGAGGCCAUCUGCAAACACUGGGAAGGCCCCAUUAGUCUGGCUCUGUACAUGUCAGACGCCGAGGCCCAGCAGUUUCUGCGGUAUGCCCAGGCCUCCGAAGUCCUCAAAAACCGCAAGAAUGUGGGCUAUCACAUCGUCUACAAGGAGGGUCAGUUCUACCCGGUCAACCUGGUGCGCAAUGUGGCGCUUCGCAACGUCAACACACCCUACGUUUUUCUGACCGAUGUUGACUUUCUGCCCAUGUACGGCCUCUACGAUUACCUCAGAAAAAGUAUAGUCCAGCUGGAUAUGGCCAAUACCAAGAAGGCUCUGGUUGUGCCUGCCUUUGAGACGUUGAGAUAUCGCCUUUCCUUCCCCAAAUCCAAAGCAGAGCUGUUGUCAAUGCUGGACAUGGGGACUCUCUACACCUUCAGGUAUCAUGUCUGGACAAAGGGUCACGCGCCAACCAAUUAUGCCAAAUGGAGAACAGCCACGACACCAUACAAGGUGGAGUGGGAGGCGGAUUUUGAGCCGUAUGUUGUCGUGCGCAGAGACUGUCCCGAGUACGACCAGAGGUUUGUUGGCUUUGGCUGGAACAAAGUUUCCCAUAUCAUGGAGCUCGAUGCUCAGGAGUAUGAUCUUAUUGUGUUACCAAAUGCCUUCAUGAUCCACAUGCCCCACGCGCCCAGCUUUGACAUCUCCAAGUUUCGCUCCAGUCCGAGUUACCGCUACUGCUUGACUACACUAAAAGACGAAUUCCACCAAGACCUUUCUCGAAAGUACGGAUCCGCUGCUCUCAAGUACCUCACAGCACAGAGGAACAUCUGAAAGCUCUCUUUCAUGGACUUCAGCACACUGGAGAACGGCUUGGAUUAGUCGAUCAACCGAGGCUCAAAAAUGCCCACACGCUGCUCUGCUACCACGUUUAGAGGUACGAAGCUGCCCUGCUAAAAACCAGAGCUUUAAUUCUUCUUUUGUUUUUGAUAAGUCAUACAGCGGAGAACUGUGAAAACCAAUGACAUCAGCAGCAAAUCCAUCUCAAGACUGGUGGCGACCAAACAUUUCAAGCGGACAUCGGUGUAUGUUUGUGAUUACUCACUUUCUUAUAGCCUAAAAUGAACUUUUUUGUUGACAAUCAGGGCUUUUUUUCUUCACUAAAGAUCUACGGCUAGUGGUCCAUGGCGCUGCGCAGCUUUGAAGCAUUCGAUGAGAAAUGAACGAGCUUUCCAAAGACUCUUCUGCAGGACUGAAGGUUGAGGAGGCCAUCAGGACGAGGGACUUUUAAAGCCUUAUAAUUUCCUUGAUAUUUAAAGUAUUUAAUUUUUAACAACGACAAAGUGGUUUAUGAACAACGACCUACAGCCUAUAUGUGUUUUACGAUAUACGACAGAAAAUCUGAUUAUUUUUAAAUUUCAAACUGCUGAUUUGCUUGUAGUGAAAGAGGUCGAUUUUGUCUGGUUAUCGGAUGUUGAAAAUUCACGAGAAAUGAUCAGUGUGCAAAACUCAACACAGGCUCAUUGUAAAAAUGUACCCCAUAUACAUUUCUAGAGAGCGUGAAAUAUGCUGCCAGAGCUACGUAUGGCUGCAUUUCAUCUUUAGAACGAACGCUAGGGGGCGGUAUGACGCCACCGACGACUUCUGUUUCUGUUUGCGCAACCAGCCGACCGCUUGCCUCCAUGUGGACGGCUUUUCCACUGUUACCAGUUUGCCCAGAGGUUACCUGCACACUGCACUGUAAUUGAGAUGCAAAGAGGAAUUGACCGGGACAACAGGGUCGAGUACGGUGAAGAAUGGUUCCAAAAUCCAGGUAAAACAAAAGGCAAUAUAUAAAAUAACCAAGUAAAUACCAAGGUGAGGACGUAGUAAGAUCUGAAAACGUGUUAAAAAUCAGACAAGGGCUUUGCCUUUUCUGGACUGCUUUUGAAAACUCUGUCGGUUGGGUUAAGGGGGGUUUGUGGGGUUGGUGGGGUAGAUGGCGGAGAGGUGUCGCGGACGAAAGUGAGCAGGCCAGGGUUGACGUGGACAAACGUGAAGAAGGUGAACAGCAGUUGGGGGAGGAGGGCGGUUGAAGAGGGGAAUCUGUAAAAUAAGGUGCCGGAUCAGAUUUCAGAGGUGCUGGAUCUGGAUUCGGCGUGUUCCAGCACAAAUUAAGCCUUGGGUUUAGAGAAGUUGUAAUUAGGAGGCCAUGAUGGACAGAUUUGUAGGCAAAAUUGGCCAGGUAGCUGGCAUUUAACCACUAUUCUUUUUCGAUGGACAUCCUGGGGUUUUUUAGUGAACACAGAGAGUCAGGACCUCGGUUUAAUGUCCCACCUGAAAAACGGCACUCACUGAGUAGGAUAAAGUCCCCUUCACUAUACUGGGGCAUUAGGACCCACAAAGACCACAGGUUGAGCGUCCGUUUAGGGAAGGGGUGAUUGUUCAAUCAGUGCUUUUAAAGAACACUUUCAGUUGGGUUUAGGGAAGGGGUAGUCAGGUCAAUCUGUGUAUUUGAAAAUACUAUUGCUUGGGUUUAGGGAGGAGGUGAUUGGGUCAAAUUGUGUGUUCGAAAAUACUAUUAGUUGGGUUUAGGGAAGGGGUGAUUGGGUCAAACGGUGUAUUUGAAAAAGCUGUCAAGUGAGUUUAGGAAAGGGGUGAGCGGACCAGUCGGUGUAUUUGAAAACUUUAUCGGUUGGGUUUGGGAAAGGGGUGAUUGGGUCAAUAUGUGUAUUUGAAAACACUAUUGAUUGGGUUUAGGGAAGAGGUGAUUGGUUCAAACGGUGUAUUUGAAAAUGCUAUCAGUUGGGUUUAGGGAAGGGGUGAUUGGGUCAAUCGCUGUAUUUGAAAACUAUAUCGGUUGGGUUUGGGGAGGGGGUGAUCAGGUCAAUCAGUGUAUUUAAAAACGCUAUCCAUUGGGUUUAGGAAAGGGGUGAUUGUGUCAAACGGUAUAUUUAAAAACGCUAUCGGUUGAAUUUGGAGAAGGGGUGAUUGGGUCAAUUGAUGUAUUUGAAAACACUAUCGGUUCGGUAUAAGGAAGGUGUGACCGGGUUGAUCGGUGUAUUUGAAAAUACCAUCAGUUGUGUUUAGAGUAGGGGAUGGGCUGGGGGAUUGGUCGGUCGUCGGUUGUUCAGUCUGUCAGUCGACAGCGGCCUCCUGUGGAUUUACAUGAGAACAGCAGGCACGAAAACGAUGAGAGAAAUUUCAGAUCUGACAAAUUGUACACAGGGCCCUCUAGUGGAAAGCAAAAACUGCAAAAAAAUGGACCCUCUGGGAAUUAUUUUUUGAUCUCCAGAAAUGUAUAUAGGAGUACGUAUCAAUAAUGAGCCCGGGUUGGCAAAACUGCUGCAUUUAUUAUUGUCACAUAAAGCGAAUCAUGACAUGCUUUAACAUUCAGACACUUUCCUGCCCUGAACUCCCUUUUUGUUUUGUUUUUUCACUUCAAAACAUUUGCACUACAUGCUAAAACACAACUGAUUAUAUGAUGCUUAUAUGUGCAUUUGCAUUGAGAUCCACUCAAGGGACCAUGAACAACUGGCGCAUCCACUGAAGUUUCUCAAGGACUGAAUAUUUGUCAGUGAUUUAAAAAAAAAACAUUCUUCCAAUAUUUAUGGUGUAAAACGUCAAGUCACAUUCUGGUCAAAAAGUUGAAAUGAUAAUCCAGUGUCCAAUUCUGCACUCACACAAUAUGUAUUUGUAUGUUUUAAAAAAAGAGAGAGGAAUCUCGAAAGGUUUCAUUGUACAAGUCGCUGCUGUUUCUCCAACGUGUCCCGUCUUUAUAAAGUCUAACGCUCUUGCAGGUCAUAUUAAGUUCACUGUUCAUACGCCACUCAAGCCCUUCCGUUCCAUCAGACUGCAGAUUUACGGUAAAUACCCGUGCCUUUGCUGUGUUGCGAAAAACUGGAUAUUGAUUGUACUACUGUACGCAUCAGCGGGGCCUGCAAGAAUACAGGUACUCUAUUUAUUAUUGUUGACUUAAAUCAAUCAUAUUUUUCUAUGUAGGGGACAAAGUGCUUUAAAUAAAUUCUCCCUGUUUCUAUA